AUGCCCCAACGGGCCCAAGCCAACGUAGAGCCGAUCCCGGCACGCAAGCUUUAUGUCACCACGCUCAAUAUGUCCUCGGUUUUCCUGCAGUCCUAUCCCGAAACAAGCCCUUGGGACAUGGACACUGUAGGAGUAACAGACCUGCAUCCUCCGCUGGCAGUACUUCAACCUACUAUAUGUCCAUUGGACGAUCAAGUGAAGGUCCUGGCUCUUGCGCAAGCGCAGCGAACCGGAGUCAACCCUUUCUACUUCAUGUGCUCGAGCAACCCGUUCUUCCUCGACAACUGGGACUUGGAAAAGGCGGUUUUGCCUUUGAAAGGCUACCAAGUGCCGCGCACUCUGCCGUAUUUCGGUAUAUCUCCUGGGCUCAUCUCUGACCCGGAGGAACUCUACACGGGUGACGGUCGGUGUAUACUUCGCGCUAAGCUGGACGGUGAGCCGCGUGUUCUCAAGAUGUUUCUCGAGGCGGAAGAAGAAUCGGACACCGCCAAUGACAGCUCCAGCGGUUUCCGACACGAGCUUGAUGCGUACACUCAUCUCGUUCAUUAUGGCGUUUGCGAGUCGGGCGCUGUUCCGAAAUGUUAUGGAUGGCUCAGCCUGAGCUUGGACGACGUCCAGUCUUUCGCGGCUCGUUCAGGUCCACCACUCAGUCCAGUCGUCACAUUCCUGGUCGAUACCAUGCAGUCUGUUGCGGGGCACUGCUGGAGGGGGCUCAUCCUCGAGGACCUCUCUGGGUUCGCUCCGUUGUCCAUCCACAACGUCUCGGGGACAGUCGCGGCGAGUGCGCUCAAGGCUCUUUCGAAAGUGCACAGCGCGUUCGUCCAGCACGGCAACCUCGUUCGACAGCGCGUCAUGCUUCGUCCCGAGACUGGACGGGUGGUUUGGGUCGGCUUCAGUUGUGCGUCUUGUGGCGAAGGGGUUGUCUCGCGACAGUCUCUCUUUCAUGAGCUCGCGCAAACGUGGAGCCUCUUAUACGAGAAAUUGCUCCCGGAUGCCUUCAUCGGCUUCGACGACGAUAGUGCGGUAGGAACUACGAUCUGGAAGCGCAAAAUAGUUGCCGACCCCAGCCGAUUCUCGCCGGGUGCAGGCUCUCUUCAACGGGUUCCGCAAGCGACAGUGGAGGCAGAGAUCGAGGCUAUCAUUUCUGCUUGCCCGGAGAAGAACUUACUCGACUGGAACCCGCCCAUACACAACAUCAUUCCUGAACCUAGGGACGACCACAAGUACGAUUCGGCUGAACUUCUAUCCGCAGCGCAGGAAUGGCAGGGGCGCUGGACGGAUGAUAAUUUGUUCUUCAAGUGGCACGGGCGCUGUCCGAUCCUUCUACAGGACCAUCAGCGGUUCGCGCAAAGCGGGACUACAUUCGAGGACUAUGAUGCACCUCCGCCGCUCCCGCAGAUCCCGAUGGAUCCAGCGAUGGAAAUCUUGGAAUGCCUGUGUGAGACGGGUCCGCACCCUUUGCUGCGGGUGCGCCUGAGGGGGGAAGAACGGCUCCUCAAAGCGUACAGCGGGGGAUGGUGGGAUCCCGAGAUAGCCGCAUACGAACCCUACGUUUCAAGCCUGGCUUACAGGACGUCCCAGCAACGUUUCGAGAUCGAGAAGUCUGCAUACGCACACCUCGUACACUACGGCGUCUGUGAUGUGGGCGCGGUCCCUGUGUGCUACGGCUGGAUGGAGAUGAGCGAGGCUCACAUCGCACAGGCGAACACCUUGAUCGCUACCACGAUCAAGGACUUCUCGUCCACGGGAUGGAGGUACCGGCCGCCGUUUAUCGAUCCCAUCUUUGUCGACGGCUCUCCGGCGGCGGCGCUGGUGCUCGAGUACAUCCCGGAUGCGGAGGUGCUGCAGGCGCGGAACAUCACAUACGAGCUGGCGGCGUCGGCGAUGCGCGCGUUCACCCGCAUCCAUGGCGCGUACGUGUUGCACGGGGAUGUGCCGAGCGAGUCGAAGAAUAUCCUUGUAGCCAAGGGGAAUCCGGGCCGCGUGGUAGUUGUUGACUUUGACCAUGCGCUGGAUCUCUCACUGUCUCCAGAGCGGCUCGUCCGGGGCGAUUUCCGUAAAGAGCUCCAGGACAUCUGGAUCAUGCUCUACAGCUAUAUGUUGCCGGAUCAGCGCAUUGAGUGCGCUCUGCCUCACCCCCACGACGUUUAG